AUGUCGAGCAAUAUCGAUGCUGCCGCUGUUGCUGACCUGCACAAACUAGGCUACGAGCAGGAGAUGACACGGAGGCGUGGGCUAUUCCAUAUCUUGUUCAUCCAUCGAACAAUUCAUUUUUGCUGCGCGAAUAAAAAUAUAUGGCUAGCUUACGGUCUUUCUGCUCCACUCGCUACCGGACUCAUUGGAGGUGGACCCGCGGUUUUGAUCUGGGGAUGGGUAUUCGUAUCGGCAUUUAUCUUUACUCUCGCACUGUCAAUGGCCGAAAUUAGCGCAAAGUAUCCUACCUCUGGCGGGGCGUACUAUUGGUGUUUCCGCCUCGCAUCACCCAGGAGCCGCGUGCUCUUGUCAUGGAUAAAUGGAUGGCUAACCAUGGUAGGCGUGUGGACGAUCUGUUUGUCAGUCACUUUCGGCACUGCACAGAUCAUAGUUGCAGGGGCGGGUAUUUUUCAUCCGGACUGGGUUGCCAAGACAUGGCAUACAUAUCUCAUCUUUUUGGGAGUGACACUAACUUGUACGGCACUCGGAAUUUUCUUGAACGAUAUUCUUCAUUACAUCGACAUCGUAUGUGCUUGUUGGACGAUUCUCGGCGUCCUUGUUAUGCUCGUGUGUAUUUCGGCGAAGGCGGCGUCAGGUCGUCAUACAGCUGCUUUCGCUCUCGGCCAUUUUGAUCCAUCUGCGUCGGGUUGGACACCUGGAUGGUCGUUCUUUAUCGGGCUACUACCUGUGACAUAUACGUAUGCUGCAAUUGGAAUGAUUGCGAGUAUGGCCGAGGAGCUUCAUAAUCCGACGGUUGACCUCCCAAGAGCCAUUGUAUGGUCAAUUCCGCUUGGAUUUUUACAAGGAGUUUUUUUCUUGUUGCCCAUUUUAUUUACGCUUCCGGAUGUUGCUACAUUACUUGCAGUCGCUAGUGGUCAGCCUAUUGGUGUCAUGUUCACGCUCAUAAUGGGCUCAAAGGGUGGUGGAUUCGGAAUGGCAAGAACAUGCAUGCUCUCCUUGUUCACCAUUCAAAUUCUAGUUUUCGGGGUCGCCAUGUUUUGCGCUAUCUCAAUUUCAUCGGCCGCUUCUCGAGCAACAUGGGCAUUUGCAAGAGACAAGGCAAUACCCAUGCACACCUUCCUCGCCCAUGUAGCAUCAGAAAAACACGGCCCUGUUAAUGCGUUCCUCCUCGUCACUGUUGUCCAGUUACUGCUAGGUCUGAUUUAUCUCGGCUCCAGUGCGGCUUUCAACGCUUUCGUAGGAGUGGCGGUGAUGUGUCUACAGGCGAGCUAUUCGAUGCCAGUCCUCAUAUCCCUUGUCAAUGGCCGUGAUAACGUCAAAGAUUCUCCGUACUCGUUGGGUAGGUGGGGAUGGGCUAUCAACGGUAUGGCGGUGCUAUGGACCAUGUUCGAGAUGGUGCUGUUCUCGAUGCCGGCGGUGGUACCUGUGACGAGAGUGUCUAUGAAUUACGCCUCUGUGGUGUUUGUGGGAUUUGCGACCAUCAGUGCGGUCUGGUAUAUGAUCAAUGGACGCUUCUAUUAUACAGGUCCGCCCAUUCCGAGCGAUUCAGCACAACCUAGCUCUGAGAGCGUUGUUGCGAAUGAAAAGAAAGGUAGAAGUUUGGGGGACUGA